UACAUUUUUGCCCAUGGCUGUUGAGGAGUGAAACAGCUGCAGUGUUUGUGUUUAAUCCCAGAGCCUUGGAGGAGCAGAGAGAGAGAGGAGAGGAGAGAGAGAGAGAGAGAGAGAGAGAGAGGAGAGAGCAGCUGUCCCUUUAAAUGUCAUUUCCUCCUAUUGUAUUUGAAUGGUGAUCAGGAAAAAGGAAAUGAAAGCAGAGGGGCUGAGCCAGAGGGAGUAUUGCUUGCUGCUAAGGGGACAGCAAUCCGCUAUAUAAGUGACAGUGACACAGGACUGUGUCCCAGAGCCUCCUGCUGCUGGCUGGGAUUACUGAGGCAGCUGGACAGGGAUGGAGGAGGGAAUGCAGGCAUCUCUCAUUGAUGACACUGGAAAUUGGGGACCAGGCUGUGUGUGGGGGGGUCACUGGUGCUCGGGCUGGUGACUGGGAGAUUGGGGGCUCCAGGAGGUUUAAAGGAGAAGCGGCAGGCGGUGGAGGAGAAGCCUUCCAGGAGCAGAGGACAUUCAGGAGACAAUAGGAGGGAAACACACAGAAUCCUGCAAAUGUCAUCUGCCAUAGAGAGAAAGAGUCUGGACCCAGCAGAGUGAGUACAAGUGGGGGUUUGUUACUGAGUGUAUACAACACAUGGGAGAUGGAGUGAGUGAGCUGAAACGUCACAUGUAGGUGAGUGGGUGUGAUGGAGACAGUUGAGUAGGCAGUAUGUGGUAGAGAGGUGAAUGGGCAGUAUAAGGCAGAGAGGUGAGUGGGCAGUAUGUGGUAUAGAGGUGAGUGGGCAGUAUAUGGUAGAAAGGUGAGUGGGCAGUAUAGGGCAGAGAGGUUAGUGGGCAGUAUAGGGCACAGAGGUGAGUGGGCAGUAUAAGGCAGAUAGGUGAGUGGGCAGUAUGUGGUAGAGAGGUGAGUGGGCAGUAUAAGGCAGAGAGGUGAGUGGGCAGUAUGUGGUAUAGAGGUGAGUGGGCAGUAUAUGGUAGAAAGGUGAGUGGGCAGUAUAGGGCAGAGAGGUUAGUGGGCAGUAUAAGGCAGAGAGGUGAGUUGGCAGUAUGUGGUAUAGAGGUGAGUGGGCAGUAUAUGGUAGAAAGGUGAGUGGGCAGUAUAGGGCAGAGAGGUUAGUGGGCAGUAUAAGGCAGAGAGGUGAGUUGGCAGUAUGUGGUAUAGAGGUGAGUGGGCAGUAUAUGGUAGAGAGGUGAGUGGGCAGUAUAAGGCAGAGAGGUGAGUGGGCAGUAUGUGGUAGAGAGGUGAGUGGGCAGUAUAUGGUAGAGAGGGUGAGUGGGCAGUAUAGGGCAGAGAGGUGAGUGGGCAGUAUAUGGUAGAAAGGUGAGUGGGCAGUAUAGGGCAGAGAGGUGAGUGGGCAGUAUAAGGCAGAGAGGUGAGUGGGCAGUAUGUGGGAGAGUGGUGAGUGGGCAGUAUAGGCCAGAGAAGGUGAGUGGCAGUAUGUGGUAGAGAGGUGAGUAGGCAGUAUGUGGAAGAGAGGUGAGUGGGCAGUAUAAGGCAGAGAGGUGAGUGGGCAGUGUGUGGUAGAGAGUGGGCAGUAUAUGGUAGAGAGGUGAAAGGGUAGCAUGGGGUAGAAAGAGAAGUGAGGGGCAGUAUGGGUUAAAUAGCUGAGUGGGCAGUAUGAGUUAGAGAAGUAAGUGGGCAGUAUUAGUUAGAGAAGUGAGUGGGCAAUAUGUGGUAGAGGGGUUAGUGGGCAGUAUGGGCUAGAGAGGUGAGUGGGCAGUAUUAGUUAGAGAAGUGAGUGGGCAAUAUGGAUUAGAGAGUUGAGUGGGCAGUAUGGGCUAGAGAGGUGAGUGGGCAGUAUGGGUUAGUGAGGUGAGUGGGCAGUAUGGGUUAGAGAAGUGAGUGGGCAGUAUGGGGUAGAGAGGUGAGUGGGCAGUAUGGGUUAGUGAGGUGUAUGGGCAGUAUUGGCUAGAGAGGUGAGUGGGCACUAUGGGGUAGAGAGGUGAGUAGGCAGUAUGAGUUAGAGAAGUGAGUGGGCAGUAUGUGUUAUAGAGGUGAGUGGGCAGUGUGCGGUAGAGAGGUGAGUGGGCAGUGUGGGGUAGAGAGGUGAGUGGGCAGUGUGAGUUGGAGAAGUGAGUGUGCAGUGUGGGGUAGAGAGGUGAGUGGGCAGUAUUAGUUAGAGAAGUGAGUGGGCAAUAUGUGGUAAAGUGGUGAGUGGGCAAUAUGUGGUAGAGAGGUGAGUGGGUAGUAUGAGUUAGAGAAGUGAGUGGGCAGUAUGGGGUAGAGAGGUGAGUGGGCAGUAUUAGUUAGAGAAGUGAGUGGGCAAUAUGGAUUAGAGAGUUGAGUGGGCAGUAUGGGCUAGAGAGGUGAGUGGGCAGUAUGGGUUAGUGAGGUGAGUGGGCAGUAUGGGUUAGAGAAGUGAGUGGGCAGUAUGGGGUAGAGAGGUGAGUGGGCAGUAUGGGUUAGUGAGGUGUGUGGGCAGUAUUGGCUAGAGAGGUGAGUGGGCACUAUGGGGUAGAGAGGUGAGUAUGCAGUAUGAGUUAGAGAAGUGUGUGGGCAAUAUGUGUGAUAGAGGUGAGUGGGCAGUGUGCGGUAGAGAGGUAAGUGGUCAGUGUGGGUUAGAAAGGUGAGUGGGCAGUAUUAGUUAGAGAAGUGAGUGGGCAAUAUGUGGUAGAGUGGUGAGUGGGCAAUAUGUGGUAGAGAGGUGAGUGGGUAGUAUGAGUUAGAGAAGUGAGUGGGCAGUAUGGGGAAGAGAAGUGAGUGGACAAUAUGUGGUAGAGAGUUGAGUGGCAACAGGGCAGAUGUGAGUUAAUAUCAGGCAGAUAGGAGAAUACAAAUUGGCAGAGACCAUGUCAACAGUGUGUGGGCAUGGGGCAGAACUGUGAGUGAGCAUAUAGUAGAGGGGUGAGUGAGCAUUGAUCAGAGAGGUAUGUAGAAAGCCAGAAAGGUGAGUGGAUCUGGAGCAGAGAAGUGUGUGAACAACGGGAACAUAAGCAGAACAAGUGCAGAGCAUAGACAGAGCAGUGAGUGAGCAUGGUAUACAGAGAUGAGUGGAGGGCAGAAUAAUGAGUGGGCAUGAGAUACUGAGAUGAGUGGAGGGCAGAAUGAUGAGUAGGCAUGGGAUACUGAGAUGAAUGGAAGGCAGAGCAGUGAGUGGGCAUAGGAUACAGAGAUGAGUGGAGGGAAGGAUGGUGAGUGGGCAUAGGAUACAGAGAUAAGUGGAGGGAAGGAUGGUGAGUGGACAUAGGAUACAGAGAUGAGUGGAGGGCAGAAUGAUGAGUGGGCAUGGGAUACGGAGAUGAGUGGAAGGCAGAGCAGUGAGUGGGCAUAGGAUACAGAGAUGAGUACAGGGAAGGAUGGUGAGGGGGCAUGGGAUACAGAGAUCAGUGGAAGGCAGAAUGAUGAGUGGGCAUAGGAUACAGAGAUGAGUGGAAGGCAGAGUAGUGAGUGGGCAUGGAAUAAGAGAUGAGUGGAGGGCAGAUCAGUGAGUGGGUAUGGGAUACAGAGAUGAGUGGAGGGCAGAAUGAUGAGUGGGCAUGGGAUGCAGAGAUGAGUGAAGGGCAGAAUGAUGAGUGGGCAUGGGAUACAUUGAUGAGUGGAGGUCAGAGCAGUGAGUGGACAUGGGAGGGCAGAGCAGUGAGUGGGCAUUGGGAUACACAGUUGAGUGGAGGGCUGGGCAGUGAGUGGGCAUGGGAUACAGAGAUGAGUGGAGUGCAGAAGGAUGAGUGGACAUGGGAUACAGAGAUGAGUGAAGGGCAGAAUGAUGAGUGGGCAUGGGAUACAGAGAUGAAUGGAGAGCAUGGGAUACAGAGUUAGUGGAGAGCAGAGCAGUGAGUGGGCAUGGGAUACUGAGAUGAGUGGAGAGCAGAGCAGUGAGUGGACAUGGGAUACAGAGAUGAGUGGAGGGCAGAGCAGUGAGUGGGCAUGGGAUACAGAGUUAGUGGAGAGCAGAGCAGUGAGUGGGCAUGGGAUACUGAGAUGAGUGGAGAGCAGAGCAGUGAGUGGACAUGGGAUACAGAGAUGAGUGGAGGGCAGAGCAGUGAGUGGGCAUGGGAUACAGAGAUGAGUGGAGAAAUAACAUAAGUUAGUGAAGUGAGUUGGAGAUGAGUGUAUGUAGGAAAGCGAGAGGUGAGUGAGCUGAUAAUCAAGGUAGAAGGAGACUAGACAGGUGAGUGCGCUCAGGGUAAAAAGGUGUGUAGAAGGGUAAGUGAGCCCAAGGUAGAGAGGUAAGUGGGCUUAGGGCAGAGUGGUAGAAGAUUUAGGAAGUAGUUAUGUACUAUAAGGAUGGAAUGAGCGGGGUAAUGAAUUGAAAGAAAUGUGAAAUAGUGUGAGUGUGCAAGGAGGUGAGGCAGGCACGUGGUGGAGAAACAAUAAGACAGGUAUGUAGUUAUGAGGCCUUUAGGCAGAUCUCUUCAGCUCCAGUUGUAGAACUACAAUGCCUGUGAUGCUUGAUCAGCCUUAAGAUGACGCAGCAUGUGAGUAGAUUUGAGGUGUAAAAAGGCUGGUGGUGUAAUGUAUAAAUUGCAUAACUGGAAAUGGCAUUUAUCUAGGUCAUAAGGGACAACUUUCCGUUCUCCUCCAGUGGGAGACAUACAGCUUCUGCCAACCUCAACCAACAGGAGUGUGGUUUAUCUACUUAUAAUUUAUGUUUAAUCUUACCAAGGUCAGAGUUGGUCUUGCCAUGUAUUCUUUAACCCUUUAUUAUCAAGCCAUUACCGUCAUACAAAGUACAUGCCAGGUAUAUCGUCACUGUAAGUCAUCCCAGCAUUGUAUUUACCUCUUUAAUAUAGAACUAUAGACCUACCAUAAUGAAUUCAUCAUUGGAUUACUAUAUGCUCUAAUGUUAAAGGUAUAAUAAUAUUCUCUAAUACUAAUCAUUUGAUUAUACUGGAACUUGAUCGACCUGCCCUGUCACAUAGGACUUAUUCACUAAACUGUGAAUUGUAGAGAAUUGACAAAGGAAUUGAAAAAUCUUAGGUCGAAAAAAUUUUUUAAAUAAAAAAAAAGCUGAAUCCGAGAAUAUUCUCAGUUUUGGAUAAGUUACUGUUUUUGUCUUCACUUGUCCCUUAACUUCUUAACUGUACAAACAAAAACUGCAAAGGAUAUUACAGUACGAGAUUAGGGAUCAAAAAAUAGUUUCAAUUCCAAUACAUGGUCUCAAAAAGAAGGUCAAUUCAUAUUUUAUGUAUUUCUUAAUUAUUAUUAUUAUUGUCCUUAAAAUACCAAUUUCGUUGGAACAUUACACCAUAAUUCUUUCCUAGACAGUGAAUUGUCUGAAAUUCAAAGUAAAUUUCACAUUUUACGCCAAAGUAACCAAAAUGGAAAUAUUCUCCGAGUCAGAUACAUUUUCAGUUUAGCGCUAUUAUAGCUUCAAAUGUAAAAUUCACAUUGCAUUUCCUAUGAGUUCCUAACAAUUAGUGACUAGCCGGAACACUUUAGUGCAAGGUGAUGUAGUUCUGUACAUUACAUUACUACGUGAGUUAGAAAUUUGGACUGCUUGUGUCCAAUAGGCAGGUUGGCAUGCUUUAUAAGGUACGGUUUAUAUUUAGGUAUAUUAUACAGUUCUAAGUUCUAAAGUGGAUCAAUCGCCAUGGAAACCAAAUGGAACGUUAAUUCUGUUUGCUCCACUUCUAGAAUAUUGGAAUUUAUAAAUAAGUACUAUCAGGGUAUCUAAACCUCCGGAGAGCUAUUCAGGUUCAGUUCAGACCACCAUGGGAUUUGUUUAAAUUAAAGCUAGUUAUUUAUAUGUCUAAUCGUACAGAACCAUCUACUGUGAUAAUGAUGUUAUCAUGUCAGAAGCUCAUUAGCUAGCGCAUUCCUAGGGAGUAACUAUUUAAUUAAUACAUUAACUGCCUGUUCCACAAACCAUUUCACUUUAUGUUUGACAUUGGUCUGCUGGUUGUGCUGCCUUCUGACUCCUGUUAAUUCCCUUAUACCACCAGUAGUUAUAAAUCCAUAUUCUGCCUGGCAAUGGUCAUUAACGGGGGGGCACAUAAGGAGUAAGGCUCGUAGACUGUCUGGGACCCUUGGAUUCACUGUACGAAUUAUAUUUGAGUUGUCCUUGUAUUUAUUGAGAGCAUUAUAUAAUUGGCAGGGCCCUAUUCAUUGUUAAUUUGCGAUGACAUUUUUUUUUAAGUCUGUCCUUUAUUUGCAUUUUAUAUCCCUGUUGUAAAGCAGGGAUAUAAGGUGACUAAGGUGACACCAAAUAAAUGAUUAUCAUAAUAAUAAUAUUUAGACAAAGAAAACUAAAAAUACUGAAGCUGGCCGAGGCACUAAUGAUAUUUAUAUAAGCGCCAAAUUAUUCUGCAGCGAUUUACAAUAUUUAAAAACACGGAAAUUUAAAAAUAAAUGAGACUGUUACAAAAUGUUACAAGAACUAUAGGUUGAUGAUGACCGCGCUCAAACGAGUUUACAGUCUAUUUGUUGUCUCUGUCACCUUGUAACCUUAUUACCGACACAAACUGUACAGUGCUGAGCUGCACAUCACACGUAAGAGGUGUGUAACACAGAGUAAUGCAAUGAAUUAACAAAAUGUGUGUGUGUGGGGGGGGGGGGCACGUGUUGGCGGCCUCGCUGUGUGUGUGAAAGAGAAAGCAAAGAGCAUGGCAGGGAAGGGAGAGAAGACAAAGAAGAAAGAGGAUAUAGAACAGGAUGUAGAUGGAUUAAAAGGAAUUUCUAAGAGGAGCUAGAAUAAGGAAUCUGGAGGUUAAUAAAGGAUUGUGUAUAAAGUUUUGGUAUAGUGGAUUAGUGGGGGUUGUGACGGUGCUCUGUUAGGUGAAGUGAAGUAUUGUGCAUGAGCAGGGGGGUGCCUUGUUGGGUUUAAUAGUGGUGGAUGAUGCAUUCGUCCCAAUUGUCUCAAUUUAGGAGGAACAGUCCUUAUUUUGGACCCAACACUCCCUGUCCCUCUUUUAUACUCCAACGCAAGGGCCGGUUUAACGUAGGGGCUGAUGGAGCUGCAGCUCCAGGCCCAUGCCCAUGGAACAGGCCCAUUGCUAAAAAAAAACCUCUUCACAUGUAGAUGUAGGGAAACAAAACUGGUGUGGACUGGCUGACAAUGAAAUUAGGUAAUGUAAAGCUGACUUUGUGCACUGCUCUUGCUGCUUCGGUCUCUCUAACACUGGCAUUUUCCCUUUCUUCUACACUCAGUACUUACAUUUUGUUUCUGUCCCAGACUGUAAUAGGAGCUUCUGCCAGCUAGUAAGAAGGUUAGGAGAGGAGUGGGUCAGCGAGUGCUAAGGGACAGUCCUUAGAAAGCGUGGAGCAAGAUGCAUUUAUGCCAAGCUCAGGGUGCUGUCUGCACAGUGUGCCCUUGGUUGGUCAUCCUGCAUGAUUGGCAGGCUGCCUGACAUACAUUCACGCCAGGCUGACCUUCUAAUUCCUCUGGCAGAUUUUUUGGGUCAUGUUUGGUUGUUCUGGUUACGUGAUUCACGUCAGUGGCCCACCCUUUUACCCCACCCAUCGACAUCAUGCUUCACCGGACACUGCUGUUAGUGGGGUAUGGAUUUACGUGAAAGAUGAAAGCGAGAGAUUAGCAUAGGGUAUGUGUUUUCUGAUAGCUAUAUCCUGUGAGUUUCCCUCCAGCACCACCUCCACUAGAUAUAUGAAUGGCAUAUUACCUUGGCAGGUAUAACUGUUUUAGUGGCCCAUCAUAAUUGUCAACACCAGGCCGCUGGGCUCUUAAUCUGGCACUGCCUAAAUUCCCUCUGUUCUAGGAGCUCAAUAUUGUUGGUGUGUCUGAGUGUAUAACACAGCAAUAAUACUCCCUGUAAUGUGUCUUUAAAUUAUAAUAAAUGUGUUUAGAAAUCAGUCUGUGUAAAUAAGAUACAUUGUUCUUGUUCUAAAUUACAUUUUAGUUGCAUCAAUUCUUAUUAGUAAGUCACCUAAAAUGUCUCAAAACAGCCCUGCCGCAGCCACACCUCCCUAAAAUGAAAUUGUCUCGCUUUGUUGUUGGGAGGUAUGGAUGAGCGAGGAAGGGUCGUGACGAAGCGAUGGUGCGCCCCCGUGGGAUGCACAUUUUGAAAUUUAUUAUUUUUGUUUUGUGUAAUGUUUUUAUUCUACAAACAUAGAUACGGAGAAAAAUAUAGGCAUCAUAGCAAUAUGACAAAUGCCAGGAAUAGUCAUGUCAUUUCUGCAUGAUGAUAAUUCAUUAGUUUGAGUGGAUAAUGAGUCUGCACUUUUCACUCAGGGAAUCAUGUUUUAUAACAAAUUUAGAAACUAAAUUAACAUCUUCAGUCAGUAAUACCACCGCUGUCAUCACAGGCAGAAACCUCCAAGGAUUUCCUUCAAGAUAAUUUGGAAUGUCAAAAAAUAGCAAAUUGUUUUGUAAUUAGUUUUUUUUGUGUGGAAAUUAAACUCUGAAAUGUGUCUUGUUUAACAAAACUUAAAGCGGCACUGUCUUGCCGAACGUACCUCUCUUUAAUCGAUUCUUCUUCUCUCCCUCUGUCAGGAUAGGUUCUUCAUUUCUUCCUGUCUGUUCUAGUUUUCGUUAAAACAUAAGACAACGUAGGGACUAUUUGUCUUAUGGAGGUUUCCUACUCCUGACCAUCUAUGACCAGCGGAGGAGCAAAGUGUGCUUCAUGUCAGGUGGUCAGAGCAAUUUUCCCACAAUUCUUACCUUUCCUCCAUGAUCUCGCGAUGCUUCCUGUCAGUAUUCCUGAACGGCCUGUCAUUUAGACAGAACGCCGGCAAAACUGCUGAAUUGCUUCUUAACAGAAUGAGAACAGUGGUAAACACUGGCUGUUCACUGUAAAAACAAAAAACAAAAAAAAACCUAGUAUCCCCCCUUCCGAGUCCACACCUGUGCUGCAUGUGUGGGGGCUAUUAAACUCCCAUGAGCGGCGGCUGGGGGCCCUAAAUGAAAAUGAGGAGGGGACCUAUUGUCCCCCCCCCACCCAUGAGCGGCGGGUGGGGGCCGUAAAUUACAAAAGGGGGGGACCUUGAGCAGCGGGUGGGGGCCCUAGAUAAAAAUGGGGUGCCCUAAAAAAAACAAAACCCCACAAUAGGCCCCCCCCCUUCAUUUUCACCCUAUCUCCCCCGUUUAGUUGAAUAGCCCACAUUCGGUGGCCACGGGUGGGGGGUCAAGGGGAACACUAUGUCCCCCCCAGUAGUUAAUAGAUGCCCCACCGUGGGGCCAUUUGUUGGAAGGGGGGCAUAGCAAGUAGGGGCAUUUGGGAGAUUUUAAUCUCCGUUAUGCUAUUAUGGGGGUCAUAUUGACCACCAUAGAGUGAGAGAGGACAUGGGGGGCUUAAGAAGUGGCGGGGAGCACUGCUCCCUACUGCUUCUAUUUUUGCAUUUUACAAGGAGGGAGCUGCGAGCUGGUAGCUCCCUCCUUGUAAUAAACUAAACAAACAAACAUUGCUAUUCGGUGUUUGUUUGUUGGUCUGACAUUUCUAUUCAUUCAUUCGUCUUUCGGACAAAUUAAUGAAUAGAUGAAAUUCCCGUUCGAAUGCCCAAGUGUUUAACAGGGACUUCAUCUACCCACACAAAGAUGUAGGCGCCCAGGAUCUAGGUCCGGGCACAAAAUAAAGAUUACAAAAUAGGUAAUAUGGGGGGCUUAGGGGCAUUUGGGGGUGCCUAGGGGGACAAUUAGAUGUAGUGGAGUCGGGACAGGGGUUAAAAAAAACGGGAUUUGGCUAUGAAAGUGCCGCUUUAAUUUGCUUUCUAAAAUAAAACAGAACUAUACAUUUUAUUUCAAUUAUUUUAAUGAUUCCUAGUGCUUAUUGCGUUUUUACAUAUUGUAUUGUCACUUACAGUCAUGGAAAAACUAAAGUACACCCUCUUUGAAUUCCAUGGUUUUACAUAUCAGGACAAAACAGCAAUCAUCUGUUCCUUAGCAGGUUUUAAAAUUACGUAAAUAAAACUUCAGAUGGACAACAACGCAUGACCUAUUAUACCGUGUCAUGAUUUAUCAAACAAUACUAAAACCAAAAUGGAGAAGCUAUGUAGCAUUGACCUAAUUUUAGGACCUGCUAAGGAACAGAUGAUUGUUAUUAUGCCCUGAAAUGUAAAACCAUAGAGUUCAAAGAGGGUGUGCUUUGUUUUUCCCAUAACUGUAUAUGUUUAUUUUGUUAUUUAAAAAAUGAUAGAUAGAUAGAAAGAUAGUGUCACCGGUUUACAGGUUGGACCUGGUGGCCUAUGAUAAAUAUCCAGUGUUUUGGGAUUACAUAGAACACAGCUAAGGGUCAUUUUGAACAUCUGAAAUGCCUGCAAGGCUGCAUUUACAAGUAGGCAAGGCAGUCAACUGCUUAUAGGUGUCUGUCUGCCAUGGGAACCUUCCUUCACUACAAAUGUGCAUUUUUUUCUUUCUAGAAAUAUUUUGAUAUACAUUUUAAUUUUGCUGUGUGGAAAGUGCAUGUAUUUUUAUUUGUGGACAGAUGAAGCAAGACAUAUAUUGAGUUACAUAUUUCUUAAACAUUUCCUGAAAAUUGGUCUUUAUUUGAACCCACCAUAAUAUCAGCAGCUGAUUUGAUGUUAUUGGGAUAUGUUGUAAUACAAGCUUUUAAUUCUGUUUUUUGAUCUCGAUAACACUCUGUGAUGUUGUGUUUCUCAUAGUGAACCUGUUGAUGAAGUCCUUCAGAUUCCACCUUCACUGCUGACAUGUGGGGGCUGUCAGCAGAGUAUCGGGGACCGGUACUUCCUAAAAGCUAUUGACCAAUACUGGCAUGAGGAUUGUCUAAGCUGUGAUCUCUGUGGCUGCCGGCUUGGAGAGGUUGGAAGGAGACUGUAUUAUAAAUUGGGGCGUAAGCUAUGCCGUAGAGACUAUCUCAGGUAAUCUAUAGUUUUAUAACUGCCUCACAUGUUGCUGAGGAUCGUUACUUAAUUACUUAAGAAGUAGGGAUGCACCGAAAUGAAAAUUCUGGGCCGAAACUGAAAAUUCAGGAUGCCCUUGGCUGAAAACCCCAAAUGACUUUUUCCCCCAAAAUUUUAUUAAUAUCAGACUUUUUAAUUUAAUCUAAUAUGAAAAACUUCCCUUCUCUUUUAGUGGUCCCCCCCCCACACUUAAUGUUCCUCACUCCCCCCUCUAGUGUUUCUCUCCCCUCCUUUUUUAGUUUUCUUUCCUCCCUCCUCCCCAGUCCCAUUGUGUUCUUUUCCCCCUCCUCCCUAGUCCCAUAGUGUUCCCCCUGUCCCCUAGUGUUCUUUUCUCCCCUCCCCUGUCCCAUAGUGUUCUUCCCACCUCUCCUGUCCAGACCCACAGAGGGCAUCAUUUAUAAAUCCUCCCCAUCUUUUAUCUUGUGGCAUGGAUUUUCUCCCCUCCCCUGUCCCAGUGUUCUUUCCCCCCCUUUCCCUGUCCCAGUAUUCUUCCCCCCCCUGUCCCAUAGUGUUCUUCCCUCCUCCCCUGUCCCAUAGUGUUUUUCCCCUCCCCGUCCCAAAGUGUUCUUCCCACCUCCCUUUUCCCAUAGUGUUCUCCCCUCCCUAUCCCAGUGUUCUCCCUCCCCCCAUAGUGUUCUUUCCCCCCUCAACUGUCCGAUAGUGUUCUUUCCCCCCUUCCCCUCCCAAAGUGUUCUUCCCACCUCCCCUAUCCCAUAGUGUUCUCCCCUCCGUCGCAAGUGCAGUAUUCUUGACUUUUCAUGUCAUCAUUACUAUCUUUCAUUGUGAUAUAUAAUCAUCUGAAUUGUUAAUGCAAGCAUGUCUGUUAAACUAUGCACUACAAUAAUAAAAAAUAUUAAUUUUUAUAUAUAUAUAUAUAUAUAUAUAUUUUAAUUACUGCAAAUUUGACCCGUUUUCGGCCAAAAUGGGAUAGGCCCAUUUUUGGGCGAAAAUUUUGGCAGCUGAUAUUUUGGUGCAUCCCUAUUAAGAAGGUUUAUUCACUAAAGUAGUAAUUGUCCGGAUUUUAAUGUGAAUUCAAUUUGAAUUUCAAAUUUAAGGCAAAGAUAAAAUGGAGAAUUCUCCUAGCCACAACUCAACCAAAAAUGUUAGUUCUGCAAACAAAUUUACAUUUAUAAACAGGUUAAUGUAGCACUGGUGGAAACCAACCAUGGGGUUUUAUAUUUAUAUAGUUGGAUGCGUUGGAUGCUUACCGAAAACAUAUACCUCGAUCUACAUUAACAAAACUGUCAUGAACGAAUUAAAAUUAAUUAAAUGCCCCCAACUUAAAGGUUCAUUCAGAAUUCAAAUGGAUGGAAAGUAUGAUAAGAGUGCUCUCCAGAAAUUGUACUUAUUUCUGUGGGUUCUGUGUUGUAAACUCUGUUGCUAAACAGGGGCCCUGGAGAGGAGUAAGUUUAAGAUAAAGACAUAAAGAUAAUCACAAUAGUCUGGAGAGAUUCCCCUCCCCCCCCCCCACCCCAUCUUAUAGAAAGGAAAGUUUUUGACUGUCUUAUCUGUUUACGGCCUUACCUAUCUGCUUUUCUGUUUCUUUGUUUAUCUGUUACCUGUUUACCAGCAUAUGCUGCUCAUUACAAAUGUAAGAUGUGUGCAACUUUUCAACUUUGAAGAUCUAUGAAAAAUUCUGAUCUGAAAUGUCUUAGAAAAAAAGAAGCAGGUUUGAAAAAUUUCUGUCCUAAUUUACUGACUCCUAGUCUUUCAGUUGGUAGGUUAAUGUGAUUGAUCUGGCCUGGCAAACGAUGGACGGAGACCUCUAACUUUUGUUUUGGUUCUUUUCUCCAGACUCUUUGGCCAAGAUGGACUGUGUGCUUCAUGUGACAAGCGCAUCCGAGCUUAUGAAAUGACCAUGCGGGUCAAGGACAAAGUGUACCACUUAGAGUGUUUCAAGUGCGCAGCUUGCCAGAAGCAUUUCUGUGUAGGAGACAGGUAUUUGCUCGUCAAUUCGGACAUUGUUUGCGAGCAGGAUAUCUUUGAAUGGACUAAACUUAAUGGGAUGAUGUAGCCCUGGUUAAACUUUUAUUUUUUUUUACCAGACCCACAGAGGGCAUCAUUUAUAAAUCCUCCCCAUCUUUUAUCUUGUGGCAUGGAUUUUCAGACAGAAUACAGCUUGGUAUAGCUGUGGUAACAGUUACAACUGACACACUUAUCUUUACCCUUAUAGGUUUCACAAUUGCUUGUCUGAGUCUACAACACAAGCCUAAGCCUAAAGCACUAAGUAGAACGGACUGAUGAAACUGGACCAGAUUACGCAGACUACUUCCAUCUCUGGAGCAUUUUUACUUCUUUUUCCUUUUACGUAGCAAAGGCUGGGAUCAGAGAUAUGGUGUUGUGAACGAUAGGUUUCUACUGCACAAGCCAGAUUAUACUGACCUAACUAAUGCUUUGCUCCUUGGCCUACACUGACAGCUACAUAAACCCUUUGUGUCACACAUCAAAGAAGAUUCCAAGGAACAAGAGAACGUUAUUCCUAUUACUGACACGAACAAGAAUAGCAAGGGGAAAAACAGUCUACUCAUAUAUGUGUUUGUCAUUUUUUACAAAAUAAAACCAAAGUGGUUUGAUGACAGUGUUAAAAUGAUGAAUGGCAUCUUGCGGCAUAAGACUGGUUGUAGAAUGGUUGAACCUAUAUUCCAAAGUUAAUUUAGGUAUGGGCAGAAAAGCAUCAAAGCUGAGGACAUUAAACCAUGCCUGCAGUAGUACACCUUAAAAAAAAUCUUGUAUGGCUACAUAUGUAUAGUGUUACUCUAUGCAAAAAAAAAAAAACAACCUGUCUCAAGUUGUUGUUUUUUGAAUUAUACUCACCUGUUUGUUAUUAGGGAAGGGCUCAUCAACAUCUUACGCUAACUUAACUUGAUAUCCCCGAGUGUUGACACGGUUUUUAAUGCGGUGGAGGGGGUUAAGCAGUGCCAGUGGGCAGUGCCAUGCAUGCACCUGAUCAACGAAGGUAAUUUUUGGAUAGUGUUAUUUUUGUGAGUAGAUGAAACUGAAGCUUCACUUAAAUUGCUGCUGUUGUAAAUAUUUCAACCAAUGACAUAAAAAGUGCGUUCUCUAAAAAACAAAAAAAAAAGUGUUAUUUCUUAAAACUGGCAAUCUGUGACUACAGAUGAAUUGGAGAUCUUUUUCUAUAUCAGCUGUUUUUGCAAUUUGGAUUUCAAUUAGCUAGUAAUCCUUUAUAUAUCCCUACAUUACCUUCUUAUAAACGAUCAUAUCUCAACAUUUGCCUUGGAUGCUUACAGAAAAAAAAGUAUACAUUGGAGUACAUUAAAAAAAACUGGCAUUAAUUAACUAAAGUGCAUUAAAUGCCCUCACAUUAAUGGGUCAUGCAGAAUUGAUUGACAUAUUAACAACAAUUAAGUUGCACUGUUUUAAAUCACAAGGCCAUUUUAAAUGCUGCCACUAGGGUUAGAGUUGAGUUAGGCAGUCGAAGAUAACUUAGGGGUGUUUAGGGUUUGGGUGUGCUUCAGGUUAGGAAGUUGGUCUGAUAUUGAUAGAGAUUAAAGUAUACAGGAACUUGAAGUCAGGUAUCCCCAAACCCUAAUUUCCCUAAACCAAAUUACUGUUAACAUCUCUGUAAUGAUGCUGGAUUAACGCAUACUUUCCCCACUGGGACAGGGUGAACCCAAGGGGGCAUGCCAGUAACACCAUCAUUGUCACUGGGGACGCCCAAACUAGUGCCUUGCCCCGAAAGGGGGCUGGGUCAUACAAACAAGGGAAGUGGCAGUCUGUCGUGAAUACAUGCCCAGUUGACUGACAGCCUCCUAGCUUGCCAAACUCUGGGCAAAACAUGUGCAAAUCACUGCUGAAGAAUUCUAUGCAUGCUCCCAGUGCCCCAACACCAUUCAGCUCAGAUUGGCACAUGCAGGCAACCAGCCAAGGACAGCAGAACAAGCAGUCCCACCAGGUCUGGAACAAUUGAGAUCUACCUUACCACAUGUGAGAUAUUGCUGAACAAUGGCACGUUUUAACUGUGCUUUUUCUAUUUUACAACAUUUUUUUUCGGAACUAACCAAGAUAUGUAUUCAUUAUGCUAAGAGAAGCUGACAAUAGAAUUGUGUUUUUAUGCCAUAAUAAAUUGGAAAAGAAAAAUGUCCGUCUAUACUGCUAAAAUUUUUCUCAAAAUACCACAAUAUAGAAAAUAAAGGCGCAUUUGACCGUGCAAAAGUCCUUGCACUAUGGUUCACUAGUGUCACAUCACCCAAGUAGAAGAUGAUCAAAGUAGAUGGCUGUAUCAUAAUUUAAAACUGCGCUCCCGAAUACUGACACCUAGUGGCUGCAAC